AGCAGGUCUUGUGAAUUUCAUUGAUGUUUGCUUCCAUCUACGCUAUACCAAAGUCCUCGUUGUCUUUGUUGUUAUUGUUUUUAAAAGGUAAAUCGGAGCUCCCGUCAUUCUUAAGUGCGAAUGUCAAUGUAAACAGUUUAUGCAUCAGUGAAUCGUCAGUUUUAAUACAGAGAUAUCGUCGUCGUGUGUACUAGUGGUUCGAGUGUUUGGUUGAUCGUCUACUUUUUUUUUAUUUGUUUGCGGAAAAAAGCAGAACGAAAUCAGUGCGAGAGGGAAAACAACCGCAAACCGCUUCGAGUGCGAGUGACGGUGUGACGGUUUGUGGUAACCGAAAGGAAAAAAGAGAAGAUCGCCGCGUUCUAUCGUGUACAUCUCGGUGUAAGUGUAUAAUUCUGCGAAAGAAGGCCCGUGCGGCUCUCGUCCAUCUCGAGCGACGAUCUCUGAUUUUCCUUCUGCUGCGCGGCCGGAGCGGAAAAAAAGGACAGUGCCCCUCUCUUGAUCCCUGUUUUCUGCCUUGUAUAUAAGCCACAUCGGAGCAAGGGCAAGAAAAACCGUAAGCCGAGAGAGAGAGAGAGGAAAAGCCGACUAUACCCCUCAAAGAUGUGACACGAGAUAACCGCGUAGAUCGUAUAUUGUGAAACUCGCAACACCCGCGUUACGCGAUCUCUACACCUAUUGUCACGCCGCGGUUACAGGGGGGAGAAGAGUGUUUUCAGCUCCGAAAAAGUAAAGUAAACAAAAUGAAAACGAAAGCGCGACUUGUUUUGUUGUUGGGGAUUGUCGUGGUCGCGGCAGCGAGUAGCGCCGACCGGACGGACGAAAACGAGCUGAAGGAGUACUGCUCGACGCACAGCUACCAGGAUCUACCGGGUGGAUUGAGGUUCACCAAGGAGGUCGUAAGCAACGAGUACGCGAGUGUCAAGCUGUUCAAGGCGAUACAUUGCUGCCUUCGCGGUUACCGAAGCAUCGAAUGGUACAAGGACAGUCGGCCGUACCCGUGGCCGGGCGGCGAGAGCAGCUUCAUCUUGUACCCGGAGAGCGCCAAUCAGACGAUUUACACGCAGGAGGUCAAGCCAUCCGACGCCGGGCGCUACUCCUGUCGGGCCCGCAACGACACGACCACCCUCGAGGGCGACAUCACUCUCGCCAUUCUUGGUGGUAGUUCAAACGACUACAGAGGCAGGCCCCUGCCGACCUACAGGCCGUCCUCGCAGCUGGUGCCGCUCGCGGGUAGGGCGCGACUCUUUUGCGAGGCCUACAUCGGCCGGGCUCCGAUGCCAGACGCCGCAAUCUCCGUCACCUGGAGAAAGGCCAACAGCAACGCCACCUUUCCCGUCGGCUACGAUCGCAUCUCGCACAUCCGAGCCUCGCGGGACAAAGGCCAGAUCGUCGGGGCGUACCUGGUGAUCGAAGACGUAGCUCUCGAGGACUACGGCGAGUACAUAUGCCAGAUCAGCAACGGCAUCGCCGACGACGAGGUCAAGAUAUUCGUCCACCUGUACCGCCAAGAGUCCCAGCUGACGUUCGCCACGUCAAACGGCUCGUGGCACAAGUCGUUGCUCCUGUCGCUGCUCGUGCUCGUCCUCCUGCUCUCGGCCGCGGCGUUUUUCGCUCGCUGCUGGCUGCCCCUGACGCUUUUUUUUCGCGACAAAUUCUCACCCCUCGAGAAAGAUGAUGGCAAGGAUUGCGACGCUUUGGUCUGCUACCACGAGAAGGACACGAAUUUGGCCGUCCACGUGGUCAUAUCGACGCUCGAGACGAGGCACCGCUACAAGUGCGCUUCCCUCGAGCUCUCCAGCCUCAGCGAGCACUGGAUCCGGGAGAUAAGCCCGCACGCAGCCCGAGCCCGGCGCGUGCUCGUCAUCAUGAGCCCCGAGUCCCUCUCGAACAACUGGACGGAGUCUAACGUGAGCCAAGUGCUGAAGCAGCUGUCGAGCUUGAGCGUGUCGCGGGCGAUAGUCGUCGCCCUGAGGGACGUGCCCACCUCGCCGGUCCUUGCCAAGAGCAGCCGAGCGACGAGCGGCCACAAGGUCCGCACUCCGGAGCUGGUCGCGGGCCCGGAGGUUCUGCGCUGGCGCAACGAGCGGGGCUUCUGGCACAGGCUGAGGCUCGCCCUGCCGGCCGCGAGGGCCCCGGCCAGGCUGCCGGCGAGCUCGGAGUCGAGCGUCGUCGUGACCGGCAGUCAGAGGACGAUGAUCGUCCAUCAAGUCGGCGGCGCCGUGGUUGGUCAGCAGAAGGCGAGAUCGAGGGAGAGCCUGGAGGUGCUCGUGUAGAACGAGGAGAGCUCCAGCGACUGCGAGACCGUCUUUCUUUGAGUCGGCUAUGGGUUUCGGAUCGGCUCUUCUCCUUCUUGUUGUUGUUGUUGUUGUUGUUGUUGUUGGUAGUUUGCAACUGCCGAGAAACGUGUCUGCAUUUUCCUGUAAAUAAGAUUUUAACUGUCCAAAUGCGCGUGUGAUUAUCGUUGAUCAAAAGUGUUACUUUGCUCUCUUUGCCGUGCACGACUUGUGUAAAAAAAAAAACAAAAAAAGAACUGAUACUUUGUUACUCGAACGAACGUUAUAUGAUAACGAUUUUAUAGUCUAAGGGCUUUAUACUUUUUUUAUUUUUUUCUUGUACUUAUUACAAAAUGGUAUAUCGUAGCGGUAAGGCCAUUUGGGAUUUUCCGUGUCGAUUGUCUCGUACCGGAGUCUCGUCGAGGCGCAAAAGGCGUAAUUUUUAAUUUCCAUACAAAAAAACAAGUCAUUAAUUUGUUUUUUAAGUCAAGGUUGUAUGAUUUCCGUUUAAAUUGGAGUCAAAUUGAAUUUUUUUGAGUGAAUGAAAAACGGAGAAUUUUCUGUAAAAUAUAAUAUAGUUUCGCUUGACAGUUGUAGAUACGUUGGAAUUGUUGCCUUCGCUUUGCGUUUUAAGUAAGCGUACGCCAGUAUCAAUAAGAUGCAAAAUUUAAUUGUUACGAAUGAAUUGUUGAAAAAAUUAAAAAACAAUUUGUGCGCAUAUUUUUCAAUAAAAAUAAUUGUAUAAACGAAUCGUCUGAUUGCCACGUGACAAAGACCAUCUAUUCAGUAUCUUUAAGGAUAAGGAUAAUAAAUAAUAAGUUAAGUUACUGCCAGAAAGGAUAAUGAAAAUUGAUUGCACAAAUUUUUCAUUCAGAUUUUUUAUACUCGUUGAAAUUAAAUGUUUAAGUGAUGUUUUUCGUUCGAUACGUAAUUAAUUUUAAUUGGAAAAAGAAAAAGUUAACACAAAAUAACCUUAUUGUACAUUUUUUCUCUCAACCUAUAGGUACUUUUGUAAAUGCCUAUUGUGUACAUAUCUCACAUGAGUAUGUCGUGAAAAUAAUGAAGGACGGAAAUAAGUCUUAUGUUGAUUGUUAGUGAACCACGAGUUUGUGCAGACUUGAUGAGUUUUAUACUAUAACAUAACACGAUGUGCUGCUAUGAAAUGAUUUGCUCUGUUACGAGUAUCUAUUAGAAAUUGUGCAUUUUCAAAGCCAAAAGGUCUUCCUUGAGACGACUCAAUUAUUAAUUAUUA